GCGCAUGCCGUCCGACCUCCUCACACGAAGCGAACCAACAACAGUCACUUCCUCAAAGCCACUGCAACACUUUGCUGACGUCGAUGUCGAGGCGAUCUGCAAGGCGUCCAGCCCAGCAAUCAAAGCCUCUCAAAUCGUCACCUCGAGGUCUCCGUCUGCUCACAGCCGCUCGCGUUAGGAGGCGCAGCUCGAUCUAAAAGCUGCAUUGUCGUCUCAGCUUGGUGCCUCUCUCAUGACCUUGCGCUAUCGCGCGCCGAACAAGAUCACAAGCCCGUCAAACGUAUAGGAACCUAUACGAGUAUCAAGUCAGCAUAAAGCACCAUGUCGGCACCAUGGUCCAACUGUUACAGGUCAACAGAGCGGACUUUGGACAAGCGCUCUUCGCAGUACUAUGUGCAGCCCAACGCGCCCGCUAUAGUCUGCGAUCAAUCAGCACCGCACUAUGUACAGCCAUUUUAUGGAACAUUUUGGCCUCCACCUGUCAUUGCUGAGCUCCCCGCGCCUUUGCCUGUGGCACCACCGACAGCAACACCAGAGAAGCAGUUUACUGAGGACGAACAAUCUGCUCGGAAAUUAUCAGCCCUAGAUCGACAGCUCUUGGAAGACGAAGAGCUCGCCAAGCAAUUGCAGCAGCUGGAGGUCCAAGAAGUGAGGAGCAGUUCCAAUAGCAACAUCAAUCAGCAACAGCGUCCAACCACCCUGGCCCUGCCAAAUCCGCAGGGGAUAACCUCCCUUAUACAACAAAGAUCAUCGCGAUUGCUAAGACCAUAUUCUCAAAGUAUACCUAUGGACACGCACUGCGGCCCGGGAUUGAUACAGCGACACUCGGUUCAAUUCUUGAGACCUCAUUCUCAGAGUCUGUCGCCUGAUGUUUCUUGGAGUCCAGGCUCCUUUGGUCCACCAUCUCAGCUACAGCAAAGCUAUAGUCUAUUGCCAGAGGUAAUCCCUGAACAACUUUCUAAGUUUCCGCCCCACCGCCAGUCAUCUGUGGCUAUGAGCGACUUACCAGAGGCGGUAGUGGGCGACAUUCCUCGAAACGCAGAAGCACCAUCAGAUCCAAUUGCAUUGGCGACCUACCUUGAGAAGCAUCGUCAAGUGCCGUACCCACCUCAGUGGAGGUUAGGCCCCGUGAUAAAGAAGUACCAUGCCCAGACGAAAAUCAUAGCAAACCUGAACUGGAUGGACACGCCAGAGUCGUCCGCCUGGUCGACGCGACGACGAUCAGAAAAGGCGCCAGCACGUUCACCUGCUGCCUUUACCUUCAACUUCAAGAAGAUAGGAGGCAAAUAUCGCGACCCAAGGUUCUCAUGGGUCAUGCAAUGCAAUAAUGCCGAAUCGGGAGCCAGGAGGCCAGAGUCCACAUGGUCCUAUGAACUACGUCUUGACUUGAGAAGCCGCGUUCGCAAGACUGAGAUUCUGAACCCGGGCGGUGGGAAGAAAAACAUACUGACUACCUACGUUCAUGCAUCAAACUAUGAUUCCCUUCGCUUUAUCGCCAACGACGGAAGAUCCUAUGUUUGGGUGAGCCAUAUGCCUUUAAGCUCUUCCAACGGCUGUCGCUACGAUGUGCUCCGCCACGCCCUAUUCGUCGCAAACAACAACAGUAUUGACCCCCUGUAUGGCGACAUUGUCGCAGACCACACGUACUGGGACGGGUUCAAUGGCGAUACUCGGGUUCAUACGGAUGCCAUCUGCAUGGAAUGCCAGAUAAAGCCAAUCGUCGGCCAGCGGUGGAAUUGCAAGACCUGUGCAGACCAUAACAUCUGCGGUCUUUGCCACACUGGUAGAGCACACAGCUCCAUCGAGCCAGGAUGCAAGCUAUCACUGACAUGCCUCCCUGACGAGACGCUCACCAUAAGAUCCCCGACAGUCAGCCACGCACUCGUCAUCGCCUCUCUGCAGGUUCUGAAAGACUGGCAAAGGGACCAGAUACAGAAGCAGAGGGGCAGAGACCCGUGGGGCUUCAUGCAGACAGAGGAAGAAGCGCGGCAACAUGACCUAGGCAGGCUGACUCAUUGGAGGGGAAGUGAUAUUGACAAGAAGCACUUUGAUGCGCCGCUGAGAGUCAGAAGUCGAUUGGAGACCGCAGAAGCUAUGCAAAAUCCAAAUGGAAUGGGGGGUGCCUUGGGAGGGUUAGCUGAUGCUGGUCUGGCUCUUGCAGCGAGAGGGCAGCAAGGCGGCUAUGAUGGACAUCACGGUGGACAUCACCAUUAUACUUACGCAGGAGACGGAGGAGGCGGAGGCGAUGGCGGCGGAGGUGGCGGAUGAGCCAAGUGAAUGACGGCGAAUUGCGCUCAGUCUGUGACAGAUGGUCAAACAAAUAACUUCUCUUCCUGAACCACGUUUAGACCACGUGCAAUACUUGCAGAACGCUGAAGAUAGUAGCGAUGGAAAACUGCGCGAGUCAGGGUCAGCAGGAGCUCGGGG